AUGGAUAUCGGAGAACUUCUCACCUACAAGCCAGCACCUACCCCCAAAAGGCCUAAUGAAGGCGAGAGAAAUGAAGAUGAUGAUGACGCUGAGUAUGAAAGACAUCGUAAGCACAGAAGAACCCAUGCAAGCAGCAGCUCAAGAAACAGAGAACGUGACCAGAAAGCAAAGGUUGAAAGAAUAAAACAAGAGAUAGAGCAGAUAUCUUCUGCUGCCAAAAAGGCUGAGGAAGAAGAACGUGAGAAAGUUCAACAAAUUGUGGACAGCGUUGAGUCAACAGAGGGUGAAGUGCUAGAUGAAGCUGCUAUGAAGAGAAUGAUACUUCAGUUUGAAAAGAAAGCCCUUAAAAACCAGGAAAUGAGAAUCAAGUUUCCUGAAAUGCCAGAGAAGUUUAUGGAAUCAGAAGUGGAGCUUAAUGACUGCAUAGUGGAGCUUCAUGCAUUAGCAACAGUCCCAGAUCUCUACCCUCUCAUGGUGGAACUUAAUGCUAUACCAUCAUUACUGGAGCUUCUCUCACAUGAAAACACUGACAUUUCUGUGGCUGUGGUUGAUUUGCUUCAGGAACUGACCGAUGUGGAUAUUUUGCAUGAAAGUAAAGAUGGUGCUGAUGCUCUUAUGGAAGCUCUCAUAUCCCAGCAAAUUUGCCCUCUGUUGGUUGCAAAUUUGGAGCGCUUGGAUGAUUCUGUGAAAGAGGAGAGUGAUGGAAUCCAUAACACACUUGCUGUGUUUGAAAAUAUCACAGAGCUACGUCCUGAGGCUUGCGCAGAUAUGGCCAAACAGGGUUUAUUGCAAUGGCUGAUGCGUCGACUUCGAGUCAAGGCCCCCUUUGACAAUAACAAACUCUAUGCUAGUGAAAUUCUGUCAAUACUCCUUCAAAACACUCCAGAGAAUCGACAAAUGAUUGGGGAUAUGGAUGGCAUUGAUGUCAUUCUGCAACAACUUGCUUUUUACAAGCGGCAUGAUCCUUCAUCCAGUGAGGAACAUGAAAUGAUGGAGAAUCUUUUCAAUUGCCUCUGUUCUUGUCUGAUGUAUGCACCAAAUCGUGAGCGAUUUCUUCGGGGUGAAGGACUGCAGCUAAUGAACCUCAUGCUAAGGGAGAAGAAAUUGUCACGUAAUGGAUCUUUAAAAGUUCUUGAUCAUGCUAUGUCUGGUCCAGAAGGCAGAGAGAACUGCAACAAGUUUGUUGACAUCCUUGGUCUUCGUACUAUUUUCCCUCUUUUCAUGAAAACACCAAAGAAGAAUAGAAAGCGUAUCUUAACAACAGAAGAACAUGAGGAACAUGUUGUGUCCAUAAUAGCCACAAUGCUACGGAAUUGCAGGGGCCCUCAAAGACAAAGGCUUCUUAAUAAGUUCACAGAAAAUGAUCAUGAAAAAGUUGAUCGAUUAAUGGAACUCCAUUUCAAAUAUUUAGAAAAAGUCGAGCAAGUUGAUCAGCUUAUUGAAGAUGAAAGAAGAGACCUUGGGGAAGGAGAAGAUUCAGAUGAAGAAGAUGCAAAUUAUUUACGAAGGCUCGAGGGUGGCCUGUUCACUCUGCAGUUGGUUGAUUUCAUCAUUCUAGAGGCUUGUAUGGGUGCUGCCUCCACUGUCAAACAGAGAGUCCUUCAAAUUUUGAAUCUUCGUGGAAAAUCAGUUAAAACAAUUCGACAUGUCAUGAGAGAAUAUGCUGGAAAUCUAGGUGAUGCAGGAGACAAAGAGUGGCGAGAACUAGAGCAACAGCAUAUCCUUCAACUUGUGGAUAAAUUUUAAGUGUGUAAAUUACCAAUGUAUCUGAUAAUAAUCAUUUCAAAGAAUUAAAGAAAGAUGUGUGUAGAAGACA